UACAGGUCAAAUUGCAGGAGUUGAGUUACGUAAGCAGCGCUGUUCCGUCGCUGCUGCCGGUUGUUCGUUACCCUGAUAUUAGACCCGUUGUUCGUCCUGCGGGUAUCUGUGAAAACCUUUCUAACUGCAGUUCGUGUAUUGGUAAUGACACAAAUGUAGCAGGCUGCAAGUGGAUCAGAUGUGAAAGAGACAUGUGUGUAAAUGAAACAGAAGUAGAUUCGAAAUAUCACAACUGUACAACUGAAGAACAGUGUUCUUCUCCUACAGUUGUUCCUCUUUCCAAUAUUACUACUACGCCACCUUCCAAUAUUACUACUACGCCACCUUCCAAUAUUACUACUACGCCACCUUCCAAUACUACCACAGCUCAUACUACUAUAGCUAACAUCACCAAUGUAACUACACAUGCUCCUCUACCUACAACCACCGUUACUUCUGCUACCACAACAACCAGUAUUCCAGGUACAAAUGCUACUGUGACUCCUGCACCUUCUUCACGCAAAUCUACAUUUGAUGCUGCGAGUUUCAUAGGUGGCAUUGUCCUUGUUCUGGGUCUGCAGGCUGUUGUUUUCUUUCUGUACAAAUUCUGCAAGUCGAAAGACCGAAACUAUCACACGCUUUAGGACCGGCCACUUUAUAAUGGACUAGUAGCCCAACACCUGUAGUUCACUGAACCAAAAUAUUUUUCUGUUGCUCAUGGAAGACAGCAGUUCAUAAUAUCUUUUAAAUCUCUUAAAGAAGACUUUAAAAGAAUAUUUUUGCAACAUUAUACUUGGCAAGAGGUGAUAUAAAUCUCUUCAACAGGAUUACUUGCAAUAUGCUGCAUGGGUUCUAAUGGCUGUCUUAUUUUCCUUUAGUGGCUGCUGCUGUGGGACUUUUUUUUGAUAUGCCAAAUGUAGACAUUCAGAGAUUCGUAUUCAGUGGCAACACUGUCUUGAGUAGACAAUCUCAAUAUGACUUAUUGUGAAGGCUAAUUUAAUCAACAUUUGAUACAGUGUCCCUUCAGUUCUAUCAAGAUGUGAAUUAUUGGUGACUGACUUCAGGGAGUGAAAUACUGUUUAUACUAGCUUGUGGCUCUUACAGCAUGCUGCUAGAAAGAUGAACAAAACUGUAGAAGUAGAUAAUGUCUUAACAGAA